AUGGUGUACACUGCGACAUCAAGUGAUAUAUCGCUGGCGUUAACCCCCAGCCCGAUAUCUGUCCCCGUCCAUGACAAUCAUACUGCUCGUGACAGUGAGAGCAUUGCAUACGAGUAUCCUGAGGGUGGCCUCACAGCAUGGAUCGUUGUGGCUGGGUCCUUUAUGAUGCUGAUGUGUACAUUCGGUAUGAUGAGCACAGUAGGAGUACUCCAGUCAUACUGGGAGAUACACCAGCUCCAGGGAUACUCAUCGAGUACGAUUGGAUGGAUAUCAUCGGUAUUUGUGUUUCUCAAUCUUUUCCUGAGUGUUCAAGUUGGCCCUCUAUUUGAUCGGUAUGGUCCACGGUGGAUUAUGCUUGUGGGCUCCGUGCUCUACGCCCUGUCCAUCUUCAUGUUAGGGUCUUGUGAGAAGUACUACCAGUUCCUAUUGUGUCUAGGUAUUCUGAGUGGAGUUAGCAGCUCGUUGGUCUCGACACCAUGCAUGGCUGUUCUUUCGCAUUGGUUUCAUCAACGCCGAGGGACUGCGACUGGGAUUGCAAUGGCUGGCUCCAGCCUCGGCGGAGUAGUCUUUCCUAUGACCUUGAGAUCGGCGUUUGAGCGGCUUGGCUGGGCAUGGGCUCUAAGAAUUCUUGGUUUCAUUUUCUUGGUGCUCCUAGGUAUUGGAAAUAUCUGCAUCCGAAGCAGAUUGCCGAUCAAGACACGGAAAGGAAAUUUCAGUCUGCGAUGCUUUACGGACUCCCGAUUUAUAUGGGCCACAGUUGGGGCUUUUUUCAGUGAGAUUGUUCUCUUCGCGUCGCUUGGUCUGAUACCCUCAUAUGCAUUGGCUCAGGACUUUGAUUCGCAGACUGGGUUCUAUUUAUUGGCUGUGUUCAACGCCGGGUCAGGAUUCGGACGGUGGCUUUCAGGGACAGCGUCUGAUCACCUUGGCCGCUUCAACACGAUCUCAGCCAUGAUGGCAAUCACCACAAUGCUCAUUUUCAUCUUAUGGUAUCCAUUUGGGCAUCAAAUUGGUGUAUUAUAUCCCUUUGUCUGCUUUCUGGGAUUUGGAACCGGAAGCAUUCUCAGCCUCACGCCUGUUUGCGUCGGCCAGAUUUGUAAAACCGAAGAAUUCGGGCAAUGGUAUGGAACAUGUUAUUUAUUCGCAAGUUUCGGGACCCUGAUUGGAAUUCCCAUCGGUGGGCAGCUGCUCCAGGUGGCCGGUCCAACUCGCUUGGUCGCAUUUAUCGGUGGUUUGCUCGGGGUUUCCUUCACGAGCUUUCUCGUUGCCCGUUGGGCAUGCUUAGGCUAUCGGUGGAAGUGGCAAGUUAAAGUGUGA